GACACGGGGUUCGCUGAAAUGAAUGAGUGAGUUCAUUUCAUCUAUAAUAUUUUAGCAUGGCAUCCAACAGUCUACGAACCAAACUGAACGUCAUUACCGGAUGCUUUAUAUGUUUAGAAAAACUGAAAACACCGAGGUGCCUUCCUUGCUCACAUUUCUUUUGUAAUAGUUGUUUAAGUUCGUACAUCGUCAGUUCAUGUGAAUCGAAGGAAGCCCCGGUAGGAUUUUCAUGUCCAAUAUGUAGAGAAUUCAUUCCGUCUCCGGAUGUUUCUGAGAAGCCUGAAGAUUGGGCCCAAAGUUUUCCCAUCUGUGAUAUUGUAGACAAAUUUGAUAAGCUCAGAAAGGCUAAAUUUUGUGCACCUUGUAAAAGAGAAGAUGAAGACGAAACAGCGAAGAGUUUCUGCGUGGAUUGUCAGGAGUUAUUGUGCAGCAACUGUGUGAAGUACCACAAGAGAAGCUUAGCUAGCCGUGCGCAUGUCAUCAUCCCAGAAAGUGAACCUAAAGCAAUAUUCGUGAAAAUAAGCAGGGCUUUGAUGAAAGAUGAAUUUUGUCAGUAUCACCCCGAGAGGAAGAUAGAGUUAUACUGUAACGACCACAGGGAGGUUUGUUGUGGCCUCUGUGUCAGUAUCGAUCACAGAAAAUGUGUGAGUGUAGAGGCGAUACAUAAAGCCGCUGACAGAAUUAAAAACAGUGAUGAAGUUAGGAGCAUACUGAGUGAGAUGAAGAGUUAUGAAGACAAGUUGUUAGAACUGAGGGAGAAACAAGAGGAAAACGUCAUCGUUCUUGACGAUUCUUCAGAUGAUGUAAUAGAGAAGACAAAAGAACUAAGACAAGAGAUUAAUGAGCGUCUGGACAGAUUACAGAAUGAACAUCUCGGAGAACUGAGCGAGCUUACAAAGAGAGGCAAAGCGAAGCUGAACAAGAAAAUUGAUUCUAUAUCUGAAAGAGUUAAGUUUACAGAGCAUUGCAAGAAAAAACUUAAAGAUUUGGAGGAAGAAAGAAGCGUGUAUUAUAUGAAGGAAUUUCUGAGAGUCAAAAGAUGCUUUGAAAUACUAAGAAAGGAGGUAUUUGUUGAAUUAAAGGUAAAUAUUGAAUCGCAAAUGUCAAGAGAGCUUACUGAUAUGAAAAGAAUAGGACAAUUCUCUCGUCUUAGUCUUAGGGAGAAAAAAGUUUAUGGUGGACUCGCCAAUUUUAGACUCCUAUAUGAAUUCAAUAUACCGGAAGGCUAUUUAACAGGUGGAACUUUUCUUCCGGAUGGGACUUUUCUCUUCGCUAACUGUGUUUAUGGAACUGAGCAGCAACUCUUUAAGUAUUCUAUGACAAGCGAGGACUGGGAUUCUUUAGGUGAAAUUGAAAAAGUGGGAAGGUCAUUUGAUGUUCAGCAUGAUGGGAACGAAUAUUUUGUUACUUUACAAACAAAAAAAUGCAUUAGUGUUAUUUCCAGCGAUACGCUCACCGAAACCAGGCGUUUUUCAAUAGAAAAAGAGUACGCGCCUUAUGGUCUUGCUAUCGGUGGUGAUUUCCUCUACAUUGCUUGCCAGUCUGCCAUUCUGAAGUAUGACAAAGAAGGAAACUUUAUUCAUAAAUAUCCAGUGCAAGGUUGCAGUCUAUAUGCAACAGUGACAGACCGCGGCCAUAUUGUUUACAGUAGCGUGUCUAAUGAUACGGUAACCGCUAUGAAUGUCGAAGGCGAAAUAAUCUGGAAGUACACCAGUCCUGAUCUCUUAACUGCAAGAGGGGUGGAUCAGGAUGAAAGAGGCAAGAUUUACGUGGCAGGAUUUCAUAGUAAAAACGUACAUGUGUUGUCUGGAGACGGAACCUUCCUUGGAAUUAUUGAAGACAUUCCAUAUCCUAUUUUCAUGAAGGCUAAAAAAGGGAGCAACAUUUUCUGUGUCAGUAGUGAUUGGAAGUUUGUAAGAACUUACCAAAUGGAUACUGCAUAAUGAUUGGUCAAUGCGAAGAAUUUAAAAACUUACCAGAUAGAUUCUGCAUAAUGAUUGGUCAAUGGGAAGAAUAUCAGAGUCUGAGAAAUGGAUUCUAUAAAAUGAUUGGUCCAUGUGAAGAAUGCAAUGAAGAAUGCCUGCACUUUUGUGAAUGAUACAAUUAACGUAUAACAUGACUGCUGCGAAAUAGUGACUGGAUGCAGUAGCUUAUGUAAUAAUAUUUGACUUUCGAUGAAUUUCACUCAGGAAAAGGAGCUUUUUUUAAUAACACUUAAAUAAUCCUCAUCUAAAAGUACAUAUGUGUUGAUCUUCAUAUAAACUAAAUAGACACUCUUUUUUAAUAAAUGAAGACUAGACAUUCUUUUUUUAUCUUUAAGAAAGUAAUAGGCCCGUAUAAAACGCAAAGUAUGAAUGUGAAACAGGUUAAAAUUUUUUGUUAAUUGUGAGGAGUGUGGUAACCGUUUUAACCAUGA